UCAAGAGGAUAUAAUCUCUACUACAAGUCCCAUCAGUUCUAGAACAAUAACUAUAGCAUAUUUAAAAUGUACAAAUGAUAUGUUCGUGUAUAUAAUUACUCCCAGUCAGAAAGGAGAGAGUGUGUAAUAAUAGGUCCAUGGCACUCUUGGGAGUACAGUCAUAUCGAUGAAUAAGAGUAUUAUGAGAUGAAAUUUGGGCCUAAAUGACUUAACCUUUGAAGCUCUAUAAACUUCUGAUUCUUGGAACAAAGUUCAAUACAGGAGACUCAUAGUUAUUAACCAAACUACUAAACUUUCUUUAUGAGUGUUAGCACAGACAAUUAAUCCAAAGAUUAAUGUGGUGUUGUAAGGCAAAUUCUUUUGAGCUAUGAGAAAGAAGAGAGGCUGAAUAAUAUACUCCACCCAUUAGCAAGGAGGUAUAAAAGCCCCAGUGCAAAUGGUGACAUUCAUCUUUGAGGUGCUUAUUCUUUGUAACCCAACCAAACCUUCUCUUCUGAUAUAAUGCCGUACAAUUGCUCCUCUAGAAACUACUUACCUAGGAUUCGUGGAGACCAAUGCAACAUUCCAACAGUUGUCUCUGCUGUGCCAAGAGAGACAGAGUGCCAGAAUGGUAUCUAUUUACCAAGUUCCUUCCAAGGUAGUUCUUGGCUCCUAGAUCACUGUCGAGAAACUUGCUGUGAACCCACAAGCUGCCGGCCAAGUUGCUAUCCAAAUAUUACCUGCACCUCUGGUACUAGCCAAGUAACUUCCUGCCAACAAACAACUUGCCAUGCCUCCAGGCCCUUCCAGAUUUCCUUCAGUCGACCAUGCACCUUUGUCUCCAGUAGCUGCCGACCACGUGGUGGUGUCUCUAGUGUCUUCCAGCCAACCUGCAGCAUCACUAGGACAUACGAACGGCCUUGUGCAUCCAACUGUCGCCCAACUUGCUGAAUAUUCAGGACCUAAUGGCAAGACCCAUCAAUUGUGUUUUUAGGAUCUGCCCACCUGCUACCCAGUCUACAACUGAUUAUUAACUGCUGACCUUUGCUUGAACUACUUCUGACUACCAGCUAUCCACAAACUACCCUUGGUCACCUAGGAUUUUCUUGGCCAAGUGAAGCUUACCUUAAAGGCUGAUCAUUAAAUCUAUGUAAUCUGCAAAUGUUUUCGGACAUUCUCCAUGUAAGCAUGUUUUGAUGAUUUUGACAUUUCAAGCUUACUUUUUUCCUCUUGCUUCAGUGUCUUGCAAUGUAUUUCUGAAUAAAAUUGCAUUGACUAUCACUGCAAA